AUGACAAAACCUCACAACUACACACAGUCUCUCACAACCACAUACAGAAUCUCUCACAACCACACACAGUCUCUCACAACCACAUACAGAAUCUCUCACAAUCACACACAGUCUCUCACAACCACACACAAUCUCUUACAACCACACACAGUCUCUCUCUCACAACCACAUAUAGAAUCUCACAACUACACAGUCUCUCACAACCAUGAAUGGAAUCUCUUACAACCACAUAUAGAAUCUCACAACCACACACAGUCUCUCACAACCACAUACAGAAUCACUCACAACCACACACAGUCUCUCACAAACACACACAAUCUCUUACAACCACACACAGUCCCUCUCUCAUAA